AUGGAAGAACAUUUGUCUGACAUUGUCCGAGACUUGAGAUUGUCCACCCACUCCAACGGAAUAUUUACCAUCCACCUCCAUAAUGACCCUGAUGCACCCCCCUCUGCUCCGCAACGACAGGAACAUUGGAAGAAAGUGCGCAACAUAGGCCAUGGUGGCCAAGGCGAAGUUGUUCUAGAAACUUGUGUCAAAGGAAGCCGACACUUCACUGAACGCGCCGUCAAGAAGAUUUGGCUCCAGAAUAGCGAUUCGAAACGUCGCUAUGAACGCGAGCUUGCAGCUAUCGUCAAAUUUUCCCAUGACAGAAUCCUUUCGGGUAUUGCGCUCAUGCAUGCUGAAGGGUUUGCACAUCGUGAUAUAAAGCCCCGGAAUAUUUUGAUUCACAGACAUCCGCGGGGAGUUCCUCCUAGCGACUGGUGGAUCAAAUUGGGUGACUUCGGCAUCAGCAAGAGAGUCGGAACAGAUACGAACACCACAGAUCUCGCCAUUGGUACAUGGCAAUACAUGGCGCCUGAGCUCCUCACUACCGAUCAGAUGAGUUGCCCGACCAGGGACUACCAAAAGCCAGAUAUCUGGGCCUUGGGAGUUACCGUCUUCUUCAUCCUAACGAAUACCGUGCCGUUCUCGAGUUCAUCCUCAACGAUACAGUUCGCAACAAACCUCGGUGAACCAUUCCCUUGUGCUCCUCUGCGCGACCGCAACGCCUGGCUGCCCAAUUGUCCAGUGUCUGGUACCCACAGUCGGACCUCGACAAUAUCUUAUCGUCAAAGCUCCUUGGAUGACAUGGAGGAGCUCACAACCGAGAUCUCCACUUUGGCUUCACGACCAACAACACAAGUACACAUGGCGGGACUUACCAGCAAUCUUGACUUUCUUCCGCCAACCCCUCGGGGCAAGAGCGUGCCACGACCCGCUGAAUACCCAAUCCAGAUUUUGCAUGACGAUAACAAUGCAACUAUUAACAUUGCACCUGUGCAUGGGCUUGCCACGAACCUAGAGGAAUGCUGGGGCUUGCUCGUUACACCUAACAAGGCUCCAUCAUCCACCUUUGCCGACCUCAUUUGCUCGAUCUUUAAUAAUUUCGAUAGUAUAAACGCCGGCAUGCUCUGA